CUCUCUGUGAUGAACGUUCCGGUUAUACGGAAUGAAAAUGUUGGGUUUAAAAUGUCUAUGUUUAGCUUAUCUUUGCCUGAAUGAACGCGAACACAAUAUAGAUUUUUUAUACAGUGUAGAUAUUGUUUUUUUUUUUAUCAAAAAAAAAAAAUAGAUGCAUAAAUCUGAGCGUUAUCCAGUUAGUCACCUUGUGAGCCACCAGGCGGACCGACUGCGCAAAGACGUGGAGACGCUGAAACGCAUUUUGGGCGUUCAGAGAUUUGACGUGGGCAUCGUGUGUGUGGACAACCGCAGAAUCCAACACAUCAACAACAUCUACAGGAAAAAGAACAUGCCCACAGAUGUGCUCUCAUUCCCCUUUUACGAGGACCUGAGGCCAGGGAAGCUCCCAUGCGCCCUUCACAGAGAUGAAUAUAAUCUAGGAGAUCUUUUCUUGGGAGUAGAAUAUGUAAUGCAUCAAUGUCAAGAAAGAUCCUGGGAUUUUCAUGCAACCCUCACAGUAGUAGCUGCACAUGGAAUCUGUCACUUGCUUGGGUACAGACAUGAGACCGAGGAGGAGUGGGAAGAGAUGUUUCAGAAAGAAAAUUACAUCCUGCGUGAGUUCAACAGACUAACCGGCAGUCAUCUUGAGCCUCUAACAAAGAGAUGCACAGGAGACCGGUGACAUUGGAAAGGUUGCAUUGAGAACACUGGACUUAAAAGCAAAUAAUAAAAGACAAUCACCUUCAUCCAACCUGCUUUGCUACUAAAGCAUGAUUUAGUUAACAUUGAAACAACUGUGUAUUCCUUUUAUAAAUAAAUUUUAUUUUAAAAUGCA